AUGUUGCGGGAAAUAAAACCACGAAAUGCUCGCACCGCCCGCAUUGUCAAAGCGCGCGAGCCUCAACAGCUGGAAUCGAGGAAACGGGUCCUGCUCCUGCACGGGACGAAAUGCCCACAACCGGUCAACAGUGUACUCAAAACUGUACACACUCUCACGAAACCGGACUCGGUGAUGCUCACUAAGAAGAACGACAACAUCCACCCGUUCGAAAACCCCGAGUCCUUGGAGUUUUUGGCAGGGAAGAACGAAUGUGGGGUGGUAGUUUUUGGCACCCAUUCUAAGAAGAGACCGAACAAUAUCACCGUCCUGCGGAUAUACGAUGGCAAGCUCCUUGACAUGAUCGAGCUGCUCCUUCUUGUGCCCACAGACGAGCCACAGUCGGAGCUCAAAUUGCAGAUUGGGAUCGGAAUGAAGCCUCUGGUAUUGUUCGCAGGGUCGCAGUGGGAUGACACUUCUUCAUCGGCACAGGCUACGCUCUAUCAGUCCCUCAGAUCGAUCAUGUUGGACCUUUUCCAGGGUGAAGAGAUAUCCUCGAUUGACGUGGCAGGUCUACAGUAUCUCCUGAUGAUCGCCGCGGGUGAGAGCUCUAGUUCUUCGGGAGACCUGAACGACCCGGCAAACAAACCUGUCCUUCAUCUCAGAUGGUAUCGGGUACGAACCAUGAGAUCCAACAGCCCCAAGAUUCCCCGGGUCGAGCUUGACCCAAUCGGACCGAGCUUCGACUUUCGAGUCGGUCGAUUCCACGAGGCGGAUGCAGCCGUGAUGAAGGAUGCUUUGAAACAUGGCCGUCGGCCCAAUGAAGCACGGACAAAGAAGAACAUUGAGACUGAUUUGGUGGGUGACAAGAUUGGGCGGGUGCACCUCGGAAAGCAGGAUCUUUCGGCCCUACAGACACGAAAGAUGAAAGGGCUUAAAAGAAAUCGUGACGAUCUCGCGGAUGAGGAGGAGAUGGCAGACCUGGAUGGCGAGGAAGAUAUCGUCAGCCAGGACGACGACAUGGAGAACGGCGGUAUGGACAUUGACGACUUGUCGGGUGGAAGUAGUGCUCUCGGAAGCGGAGAUGAGAUUAGCAUUGGAGAAGAUGACGACGAGGACAUGAACGACGCAAGUGACGCCGACAAUGACAAGCCGAAACGACAGCGAACCUCUUGA